AUGCAUGGAGAAGUACGAGUUCACCUAACGAUGUACAAUGACCAAGUGGCUUACUGCGCUUUUUCUGAUCAGACAGAGACUAGUCCUAAUUCGGCGGCCUAUGGAUCAACUGGAUAUUGUGGCAUUUCUCUCGAUCCGCUCUGGAGUACGUACGGAGACAUACACACACUUACUGCAAAUCUGGUCACCUGCUCCUUGCAUCUGCUGGUAUCACAAGUGCCUGAAACUGUGAAACUACGCUCUUUACAUCUUACUACCACCACUAACUCCUGCACCAGCGGUCUGGCAUUCCUCAUCGGAAGACGAACCGUGGAAUUAGCGACUGCUCCACCAGUCCCCUGUGACGACACAAAAGUGCCUUCCGAGUCUUCAAACUCUCCCGGGGUUCCCUCGUGGCUUUUUCUGGCCCGCUGUUUAACCGCCAUCAUUCCUUCGCCAAAGGAAAAGGGGUCCUCUACUCCGGCCGUACCUCUUCAAUCACUCCAUUCACGUUCUAGACACUCCAGCGAGUAUUCAGUCUCGGGACUGGACCUAGAGUCGGAAAAAAUCAGACACCGUGGCAGUAGCCGACGAUCCCUUUCUUCCAAUUCCCAAGCCUCCGACUUUUCGAUCUGGAGCGAUACUGGCGACUUAGCAGAGCAGCUCGCCAGCGAAGAGGAUCCUCUUCGGAUCAGGCUCCGGAAGUCUGAGGACGGCAGGGGACAGGAGCCCCAGUCGCGAACGAGGAGAGUCCAUUACGGCGAUGAGACGUUAUUGAAAAGCAAUAUAGAUAAGGAAGCUAUCGACAUACCACAUAUUACCCAUCGACGUGUGUCCCGGGCACAGUGCAUCCUAGCUGUCAUCAUGUCGCCAAACGACAUAUCAACGGCCCGUACCAAGGGGCUGGUUGGCAAACCGCUCUUGUAUUUCACCAGUGUAUUUGUAUCGCUCGGCGUGUUUCUGUUUGGUUAUGAUCAAGGUGUGAUGUCUGGUAUUAUAACAGGCUGGUAUUUUAGAGAUUAUUUUAAUCAACCCUCGAAGGCGGAAAUCGGCACAGUCGUCGCGAUUCUUGAAAUUGGUGCUCUCAUUGCAUCGUUAUUAGUCGGCAAAAUCGGAGACAUAAUAGGACGCAGACGGACAAUUUUGUAUGGGUCUAUAAUUUUUCUCAUUGGAGGAGCUUUUCAGACGUUCGCUACAAGUCUUGCUAUCAUGAUGCUGGGUCGAAUUAUUGCUGGGCUGGGAGUUGGUGCUCUUUCAACCAUCGUCCCAGUGUUCCAGUCCGAGAUCAGUCCUCCCCACAACCGCGGAAAACUCGCCUGUAUUGAAUUCACAGGCAACAUUUUCGGAUAUGCUGCAAGUGUAUGGGUCGACUACUUCUGCAGUUACAUUGAAAGCAACUAUUCAUGGCGGCUUCCAUUACUCCUUCAGUGCAUAAUGGGUGGUCUUCUUGGAGCUGGCAGUCUUCUCAUUCCCGAAUCUCCCAGGUGGCUGUUAGACAAUGAUCAUGAUGAAGAAGGUCUCAUUGUCAUCGCUAAUCUAUACGGUGGUGGAGACAUCCACAACGAACUUGCUCGCCAAGAGUACCGGGACAUCAAAUUCAACGUUCUUACUCAGCGACAGGAAGGGGAAAGGUCAUACGUGGAUAUGUUCCGACGAUAUUAUAAGCGAGUUUUUAUUGCAAUGUCUGCCCAAGCUAUGGCUCAACUAAACGGCAUCAACGUUAUAUCAUAUUAUGCACCACUUGUCUUUGAGUCCGCUGGGUGGCCAGGCCGGUCGGCUAUUCUCAUGACUGGUAUCAAUGGUCUCACAUACUUGGCAUCCACGAUCCCUCCCUGGUAUCUUGUUGAUGGCUGGGGCCGACGCCCGAUUCUUUUGUCUGGAGCUGUAGCUAUGAUGAUAUCGUUGAGUCUCAUGUCCUAUUUUCUUCUGAUUGAUGUACCUGCCACACCAAACCUGACCGUCAUCUGCGUUAUGGUCUAUAACGCUGCUUUCGGAGCCUCCUGGGGACCCAUUCCCUGGCUCUAUCCCCCAGAAAUUCUGCCGCUGAGCAUUCGUGCUAAAGGAGCUAGUUUGAGCACGGCUGCUAACUGGGCGUUCAAUUUCUUGGUCGGCGAGGUCACUCCUGUUCUACAAGAAUUGAUUAAAUGGCGCUUGUAUCUCAUCCACGCUUUCUUCUGUGCUUGCAGUUUUGUUCUCGUUUAUUUCUUGUAUCCGGAAACCAGCGGUGUUCGCCUGGAGGAUAUGAACGAACUCUUCGGGGAUGCAACAACCACGAUGCCUACGCCUGUAACACAAGGAGAACGUGAUUCUUUAAUUGGCAUCAAUUCACCUGUUCCAUCGUUCGAUCUUCAUCGCCAGCCGUCGCACUUGACUGCUGACAAUGCAAUUCCAGGUCUCAAUAUUGAUCCUCCUGCCAUUGGCCAAAAUAACAACGGAAAGCCUAGUAGCGGCGAUCAAAGCGGAGAGUCCCAAGGCUUUGGCGGCUGGAUUUCAAACAUGCUCAGCCGAAGCAAAGAACCGGCAAAGAGGAGUCAAUAUCGCCGUGUUGAUCAGGAUGAAGAGAGCUGAAAGGCUCAUCUAUGUGCUUUCAAUAACUUUUUGUAUAUUCCCUAGUGGCUAUAAAAGAGACAUUUUGCUGGAGCUCUGUCUUUCUGUUCAUUCUAGGUCCUUAUCUUUUCCCUUGUGGUUUCUUGCUUUUGAGUUUCUUGUUCAUUCUUUUUUCUUCCUUGCCUCCUUUUUCGCCGUACAUUUCGGAUCAUCUCAACCAGGAUCUCACAUAUUUAUUGACUCGCAAUCCACGCGAGGCCCUUCCUGUGCACCUACCUACUGUCCUCUCGAACAUGGCCAAUCUCUUCGUGUUACAUUCAAGCCAUGUUCACUCUCAUCUGGCUUCAUACUUGUCGUCCUGCGUGAAGUUGGAUACCCCUCAUGUUGUAUAUAUGUGUGUAGGUGUAGGUGUAAUUUCAGCGGUAUACCCAAUAGAAGGUUCAUCUAC